GCGGCCCACUGGCGGUGGGCAGGGAGCUGCUGAGGAAGAUAUGAGGAGAAAUCGUGGAAGAGGACUCAGUCCGACCUUGUCUGGCUCACAGUCCCGCGCCAGCUCGUGCGUAACGCUGCUAAAAUAAGUCAGCCGCGUUCAAAGCCCCUUUACGCGCGGACAACUUUGGCUUUCAUUUAGAUUUUUUUUUUAAAUUCGCAACACAUCCACGUCUGGGUGGUGUGCACAGGAAUAGAGCAACACUACUCCAACCUCUUCCGCAUAUUGGAUUUCUAUGCAAAGAGAAGGUCGCCAACGUCCCUCCGAGGAUUCGGGAAAUGAAGACUGCUGCUCACACGGAUUCCGUAUUUUUUGACUUCUAGACGUUUUUCUGCGCAGCUUGGUUCAAGGGAUUUCCCCUCCAGUCUACCAAGUAUCCGCUCCCUGUGUGGGAUCAGUCGUUGCAUCGCUUGCAUUUGAGUAUAACCUAGUUUUGGACAAGCCAGUGCAGAGCGCUGUACAGCGCACAAAUUCGAUCAGAAUGCAUUUUAUUUAGGAGAACCUCUGAACAGACAAAGUGCCAACAGAAGCCGGAAUGGCGAACGAGUGUAAUCGCAAUAUUGUAGAAAAGUAUAUCUGCCAUAAACUCUCCAAACGGGGCUACGUGUGGGGGUUUGAUGAUGUCCGGGAUGAAGAUGCUGCUAAUAACGGGUCAGUAGUGGACCCUCCGCCGACUUUGGUCCGUCGGUGCCAUGAAGCCAGCACCGGGCCCGACAACGAGAGCGACCCCCACCUCUGCAGACGGCUCCCCCAGUCCGACCCGCACGCUGCCAUCCACAGAGUCCUGCGGGAGGCUGGAGAUGAACUUGAAAGACUGUACCAGCCGGACUUCACGGAGAUGUCCAGGCAGCUGUAUCUCACCUCCACCACGGCGCAGAGGAGAUUCGCCGAGGUGAUAGACGAACUGUUCCGGGACGGGGUGAACUGGGGCCGGAUUAUCGCUUUCUUCGAGUUCGGGGGGACGGUGUGCGUCGAGUGCGCGGCCAAAGAGGAGAUGACAUCGCAGGUGGACAACAUCGCGGAGUGGAUGACGGAGUAUUUAAAUGGACCUCUUAACAGCUGGAUACAAGAUAACGGGGGAUGGGAUGCCUUUGUGGAGCUGUAUGACAGACAGAGGGACUCAGUCUUCAGUUGCUCCUGGCCCUCCAUCAAGACGGUCUUCGGUCUGGCAGCACUCGGGGCAGCGAGCCUCACCAUCGGAGCGUACCUUACACAAAAGUGAACAAGCCGUCUUUUCUAUCAGCUUCACUUUACUUCUCAGCAUCCUCCUCCUCUUUUCUUUUUCCUUUUAAAGACACCCCUGACCCCUCAGAGACAACCUUCAGACUCUUCUGAAUCUGGCUCUCUUCAAAGCCUCUCACAGAAAACUCCUUCCUCGUUCCCCCUUCAUGUCAAAACAGACACAAAUCAAAACAACUGAAGGAACCAGGGGCACGGCCCUCAGAGCAAAGGAUGUCUAGAAAAGAGGCAUCUUAGAUGUAAUCACACUAAGCUGAAGAGAGAUGAGGAAUCAGUGGCAUGCAUCUUUUUUUUUUUGUUUUGUUUUGUUUUUGUUUUGCCUGCUUCUGUACUAGUUAUAGCAUGAACGCUGAGUGUUAGUGUAGACGUUGCAUGUGUGGGACCUCUGUUCGGAGGCCUUGACAGUAGGGGUGUGAGGGUGAUACUGGCAGAGAGGAAGCGACCGAGGCCCCGCCCCUGCUUGUUAGGGUGAAGGACCCCGUUUGAACUGUGGACUCCAGUUAUCUCCCUGCAGCCGUCCUUCAAAGGACCUCCUCCACAGAACAGCUGCUCAGAAUGUAUAAUGGAAACGGCUGGCUACGACCAGCGCAGUGUGCGUCUACUGCUUUCACUCCUCAGACAGUGAACUCUGCACACGCUGCACCAUUAUACUCUUCCUGGCCUGUAAUGGUGGACGGGCUGGUGGAAGACUGAGCUUUCUUUUGCAGAGUUUUGAAAGCUCCUUCUUUCCUUUUUCUUUUUUUUUUUUUAAAUGUUGGUUUUAGUUUUUUUUUUGCAGCACACCAAACCAAAUUGAGCGGUUUGCAUGUGAGAGAAUAUGCAAAAGAAACCUGAAAAAUGUUUCUAAGCUGCUGAAUAUCCUGAGAGAGACGUGGAGUGCAGCACAAGAGAAUGAGGUAGAAGUAAAAUAAACAUUUUGCAUUUGGAGGGAGGAGGCCUCUGCAGCAUAAACGGACCAUUUUAAGAGCGCAUUCCUCGAGCAAAGUAAUGUGAACGAGACCACUCCUCAGCUAAAUUAUUCCCCUUUAAAAGUUAGAUAAUCACAGCCCUUUCCAUUAGCACACAGCAACCCUAAAAACUAUCAAUCCGGGUUUAUUUUCUACCUCUGUAGCAGCUUUCUUUACUCCUCACUGAGUCCAUUUGUGGUCAGAUUGUUUCGAUGGUUUCAGAGCUGGCCCUGUCAGCACAUGGAGUCCCAACAGUGACUCGUUAAUGGCAGAGAACCCACUCGUAAGGAGAUGGUUGUUGACGUGGACUUUAGGAAACUGGGCCACAGAUGACUGAUUGGACACCAGAGCCAGAGUCCCGUGUGCUGGAACCUGAGAUGUCCCUUCUCUCCAGUCCGCAAAUGCAUCCAGUCAUUGAUUUGUUCCUUUCAGCCUGUUAUAUCGAUGUUUGUCUUGUGUUACAGUCUGAUGGAAAAAUUUGGAAACGCUCACAGGCUCCCAAAUAUUUCGUCGUAUACAGUGCUUAGCAAGUCGGUUAUGGAAAAGUGAUUUUUAUUUCUCCGUCAUUAAAAACUUCCAACUUCUUUGUUGCAUGGAUGAAAGAUACUGUCUUAACACAAUAGAUACUCACUAUGUGUAACCAUAUUUAUAACAGAAUAGACUAGAAGAUGAAUUAACAACAAAGAAGUUGCAUUUUCUAUUUAUUCAGAGGUACCAGAUCACAGAUUUUUAACAGUGCUUUGAUGAGAAAUCAGUUGUUUUCACCUUUUUUUUUCUCUUCUAUGGAAUCACACUGUAACUACAUUAUUUCCUGGCUGCUAUUAUAACGAGAAAAAUGUUUAAAAAGUGAAUUUUCUGUGUUGUAUUAAUAUUGGCUUAAGGCUGCUAUACUGUUGAUUUUAACUUUUACUUACAGCUUAAACUGCCACAACUUUACAGUAUAGUUCUAGAGAGCUGGAAACCAAAGUUAACUUGUAUUAAUCUUUUAAUUUAAAAAGAAAAAAACAAAAUAGCUUAACGAGAGUCGCUCAGUGAUCUCUCUGUGGAGGGUUUGUCUAGUGUUACUGUACUAUAUCAGCUUAACUUUUGUCAACUUUGUGCUCCAAUCAUAACUCAAGUGCUUAUCUGUAAAAAAAAAAAAAAAAAAUGUUGACCUGCCAGACCUAAACCUUGUCUCAGUUAUCACUAUAAAAACCGCCCGAUUGUCAUUACAACAGCUCACAGUGUGUGAUAUUCCCAGUGACGUGUGUGUGUCAGGAGCAGAGGGUGAUUCGUGAGCAGGAAUAGGAACAGUUGAACAGCAAUAUACUGUAAUUUUUAUAUUCUCUGUGCAUUUAUGAAUGUAGCACUAUGGUUGCUGUACUGUUUUAUGUCUAUAAUCGCAAACCUGUAGCACUUAAAAAAAAGUGAAUUGUGUUUCUGUUGUUUACUGCUAUAUCCACGAUAAGCUAGCAGGAUCAUACUGUUCCUAAUAAACCAGAUUUCUCAAGCA